CCAGAAGCUUAUCGCCGAGCCUCGCUAUGUGCUCAACCACUUAUCACAGAAGUUCCUUUCCAGGGGAUAGUUAAUCUCCAGACUUGUGAAGCGACCAACCAGAGAAGCGUGGACGCGUUCGGCGAUGGCAAAAGCCUCGCUGGCUGCAUUGCGACGCCAAUCGCCAGUCGCACGGCGAUGUCGCAGCGUGCCGUCGCUUGUCGCCGUGACCCUCGCCCUGCUGCCACUCCUGCUGCACCUCUCCUCCGCCGCACGCCUCUCUGCGACCGAUACCGCUCAUCUGGUUAGUGUUUCUCGCGUUAUCGCGACAGCUCAUAGCGGGAAUGCGGCGGGUAUUCCCGACGACAGCCCUUUGUCAGUGUCGGAAGUCCCCGGUCGGCCCGCUGCCAGGGCUUUAAAGGUGAAGAAGAAAAAGAAGAAGACGGCGAAAGCGGCGAUUGCGGAGGAAGAAGAAGGCAGCGCGGAGGAGGCGGCGCGAGCAGCGGCGGACGAUGCGGUAGGGGAGGAUGUUGUAAGAGACGAGGGGGACGAGGAGCGGGCUGGAGUGGUCAAGUCCAAGACGAAGGGGAAGAAGUCGAAGAAGAGCAAGGAGAGCCAGAAGGAGAGUGAGCUCGAGAGAGGUGAAGAGGGGGGAGAGGAGGGGGAGGGGGAAGGCGUUGCGGGUAAGGUGGGGAGGGCGGGCAGGAAGAGCGGAAAGGGGGGAACUGGGGAGCGCGGGGGUGGUUUAUCCCCAGUGGAUAAGGCACUGGCGGAAGCGGAAGCGAUUCUUGCGGGGAAGGGGGAAGAUGGGGAGGGGGAGGACGGGGAAGGGGGGGUCGAGCGAGCGAGGAAAGUAAAGAGGAAGAAGAGUGAGGGGAGGGACGAGGGCAGAGGAGAGGAGGGGAGUGGGGAGGAGGAGGAGGACGCGGAUGGUGUAGGAACGCCUAAGCUAAGCAAGUCAAAAUCAGCCAAGUCAAUCAAGUCAAGCAAGGCGCGCAAGUCCGAGGGCGCAGAAGAGGAUACAGGUGAAGCAGGGGAGGAGCAGGAGGUUGGUGAUGGGGAGACCGAUGGGGAGGCUGAUGAGGAAGCAGUGUCUCAGAAAACGAGCAAGAAGAAACGGAAGAAGGCACAGAGGGAGGCGCCGGAGGGGGAGGAGGGGGUGGCGUCAGUGGCGCGGGGAACAGCAGGGGGCGUUGAGAAGGAAGGUGGGCAGGAAGGCGCAGACAGGAAUGCCGCGAGUGCAGCAGAGGCAGCAAGAUCGGACAAAGCGGUGCACGGAGAGGCCACAGGAGGGGAGGGAGAGGGGAGAGCAGGAGGCGGAGGGGCACAAGGGGCAGCAGCAGGAGGGGGAGCGGCAGGGGGUGAGGAGGUGACAGUGGCGUUCACGGGGCCGCAGGACGUGAUGGAUGUGCCGGUGGACGAGGAGAUGGUCACUGUCGACCUCUCCGACGUGCCGCCUGACCCCGACCCGCCUAAAGACGCUGCUGCUGAUGGUGUUGCUGAUGGUGCGGAUGGUGCUGCGGAUGGUGCUGCGGAUGCGGCAGCGGGGAAUGUGCUACGAGGGGGCGCAGAGGAGAUGGAUGCUGGUGCUGAUAUCGGCAGGGAGAGCAGUAACUGGGGCUCUGGGAGAGCAGCUGCAGGUGGGGAUGGAGAGCAGGGGUGGGGCUUUCUCCCCCGCUGGCUCACCGGGUCCGUGUCUGCCGCGCUGGAGCCCAUCCUCGCCCCUCUCUACCCCUUCACCUCGCUCUUCCUCUCGCCCUCCCAGACUCUCCUCCUUGCUUCCGCCCUCGCCCUCCUCGCCUGCUGCUGCUGCUGCCUCUGCUGCUGCCACUCCCUCGCACGGCUCGCGGGCGGCAGGGGCGCGGCAGGAGCAGGGGCAGGCGGCAGCAGCAGCAGCUGGUUCGGGGGAAGGCACGGGUCAGUUGCGGCGUACUCUGGGGUGCCUCAGAAGGAGGUGGACCUGUCUGAGGCGUUUGGGCAGCAGGCUAAAGGGGGAGGGGCGGGGGUGAGGGGAGGGGUGAAGAAGGGGGGGAAGCUGGUGGUGAGCAAAGGGGCAGGGACAGCUGGCAAGGAAGGGUGGAAGUCGUGACAAGAGGGUUACGGUUUGUUGUGUUGUCAGAGUAGAGAUUGCUGCUACAGUGCUGCAUGCUUCAUGUGCAUUCAUUCCUGUGUGUUAUCAGCAUGUUUGUGUGCAUCAGGUUGUACGUUUUAUAUGCUGCGUUUCUGAUGGCCAUUAGUGUUAUGCUACACACAGCAGCCCUAGUGCCGAGUAGUGCCAUUAGUGUUAUG